AUGGCGUCCGCGGGGUCCAACACCAUUAAGGUGGUGGCCAGAUUCAGACCGCAGAACAAGGUAGAAUUGGCGUCUGGUGGUAAGCCAGUCGUCGAGUUCGAGAGCGAGGACUCAUGUAUCAUCAAUUCAAAUGAGGGUACUGGCUCCUUCACCUUCGAUCGCGUAUUUCCUAUGGACACAGCCCAAGCCGACAUAUUCGAUUUUUCAAUUCGUCCGACUGUGGACGAUAUUCUGAACGGCUACAAUGGAACGGUCUUUGCGUACGGCCAGACCGGCGCGGGAAAAUCUUAUACAAUGAUGGGUUCCGACAUUGAUGAUGACAUCGGCAAAGGUGUCAUUCCACGUAUCGUCGAGCAAAUAUUCGCCAGCAUCUUGACGAGCCCCAGCAAUAUUGAGUACACGGUGCGGGUCAGCUACAUGGAAAUUUACAUGGAGCGCAUUCGAGAUUUGCUUGUGCCGCAGAACGACAACCUCCCCGUCCACGAGGAGAAAUCCCGCGGAGUGUACGUCAAGGGCCUGUUGGAGGUCUACGUGUCCAGCGUCCAAGAAGUCUACGAGGUGAUGCGCCGGGGUGGAAAUGCGCGUGCGGUUGCUGCGACAAACAUGAAUCAAGAGUCGUCUCGUUCGCAUUCAAUUUUCGUCAUCACAGUCAGCCAGAAAAAUGUGGAAACGGGUUCAGCCAAGAGUGGGCAGCUCUUCCUCGUGGAUUUGGCUGGCAGUGAAAAGGUUGGCAAGACAGGUGCCAGUGGUCAAACCCUGGAAGAAGCCAAGAAGAUCAACAAAAGUUUGAGUGCGCUGGGCAUGGUCAUCAACGCCUUGACUGACGGAAAAUCAAGCCACGUGCCGUAUCGAGACUCGAAGCUCACUCGAAUUCUCCAGGAAUCACUGGGAGGAAAUUCCCGGACAACACUGAUCAUCAACUGUUCACCUAGCAGUUAUAACGAUGCAGAGACGAUCUCAACUCUUCGCUUCGGUGUUCGUGCCAAGGCGAUCAAGAACAAGGCAAAGGUCAACGCGGAACUCAGCCCGGCCGAGCUCAAGCAGCUGCUGCGCAAGGCUCAGACUCAAGUCACAAGCUACGAAUCAUAUAUCUCUGCGCUGGAAGGAGAAGUCAAUCUUUGGCGUGGCGGAGACAGUGUUCCCAAAGACCACUGGACACCCGCCCGAGGCAACGAGAUUGUGGGCGCUGCGAAAGCAGAAGCUCGUGGACCCAGGCCUGGCACUCCCUCACGGUUACAAGAAACCAUUCGUUCGGAAACCCCACGCCCCGAUUCACGGGUCGGUGACCGUUCCAGUACCCCCAGCCUGGUGCUGGAGAAGGACGAGCGCGAGGAAUUCCUACGUCGUGAGAACGAGUUGCAGGAUCAGCUCGCUGAGAGGGAAACACACAUUGCGAAUGUGGAGCGAAGUCUCCGCGAUGUUCGGGAUGAACUGAAGUCUUUGAAAGAAAAUGCUGGAAGUUCUGUCAAGGACAACGAGCGUCUGAGUACAGAGGUCAACGAGCUGCGCAUGCAGUUGGAAAAGGUGUCAUAUGAAAGUAAAGAAGCCGGUAUCACCAUGGAUGGCCUGCGCGAGGCCAACGCAGAGUUGACCACUGAGCUUGAUGAGCUGAAACAACAACUUCUUGAUGUGCGCAUGAAGGCGAAGGAGACCAGCGCAGCAAUGGAUGAGAAGGAGAAGAAGAAGGCCGAAAAGAUGGCCAAGAUGAUGGCUGGGUUUGAUUUGGGCGACGACCUGUUCUCGACCAACGAGCGCAAAUUGCAAGCGCUGAUCGCUCGUGUCAAGUCGCUUCACGAAGUGAGCGCCGCGGGCGAAGUAAUUGCCCCUGAAGACUUGCUGGAGCUCCAAACUGGACUUUUGGAAACCCAAGGCUUCAUUCGCCAAGCUGAACUCACAAUGAAUGACCGCGGAGAGGCUGAUGCGGCGAAAGACGGCCGUUAUGCGCAGCUGCUGAAGGACCUCGACGGAUUGCUACAUGGUUACGAAGACCUACUAACCCGCAGUGUCAGCGAUAUUGAUGCGGGCGAGAUUCUUCAACGUGUGGAGCAAGUCUUCGAUCGUCGGAAGGAGGCUGAGACAGCCGCGAUUGAACACCUCCAAGCGCAAAUCACCGAGAAGAACGAGGAGUUGCACAAGCUCCGCCAGGUGCAACUUGACAACAAGUCCGGCACGCCGGCUCAUCAGGCUGCAACUGACGAUCUCAAUCAGCGUAUCGCAGAAUUCGACGCCAUGAAGAAGUCUCUCAUGCGUGAUCUUCAGAACCGUUGUGAACGGGUUGUGGAGCUUGAGAUUUCACUAGACGACGCUCGGGAGCAGUACAAUAACGUGCUGCGAUCUUCCAACAGCCGGGCUCAACAGAAGAAGAUGGCCUUCUUGGAGCGUAACUUGGAGCAGCUGACUUCUGUUCAACGACAGCUCGUGGAACAGAACAGCCUGUUCAAGAAGGAGGUUGCCAUCGCGGAGCGCAAACUGCUUGCGCGAAAUGAUCGCAUUGCCAGUCUGGAGAGUCUGCUUCAGGAGAGCCAAGAGAAGUUGACUCAGGCGAACCACAGGUUCGAAGCGCAGCUCACCGCCGUUAAGGAGCGCCUGGAAGCUGCCAAGCAGGGUUCCACGCGCGGUCUUCCUUCCAUGGACAGCAAUGGCAAUUUCAGCUUUGGCGGUUCACGUAUUGCGAAGCCCCUUCGUGGUGGAGGUGGGUCGGACGGUCCAACAAAUGCCACCAUUGCGGGUGUGCAAACACAAGAGUCCUCAGGCAAGCGGUCGAGCUGGUUCUUUGAUCGCAAGUGA